GGGGCCCCGUCACACAGGAGCCGGGAUGGCGGUGUGUGCCCGGCUUUGUGGGGUGGGUCAGUCCCGGGGCUGCCGGAGGCGGCAGCAGCGCAAGGGCUCGGCUGAAGCGGCGGGGGCGGCGGCCGAGAGCGAGCCCGACACGGACCCGGAGGAGGAGAGGAUCGAGGGCGCCCCGGCCAUGCCGAAGCCGUCGGGAGCCUGCGGAGCCGCGGGGGACCCGGGGGCGAGCCUGGCGACUGGGGGCCCGGCGGGCGCAGGAGGCUCUGGGGGCCCGGCCUCUGCCUCGGCCUGCCCGCAGGCCCCGCAGCCCCCAGCGGCCCCGGCGCGCUGCUCACUCCUCGAGUUGCCUCCCGAGCUCCUGGUGGAGAUCUUCGCCUCCCUGCCCGGCACCGACCUGCCCAGCCUGGCCCAGGUCUGCACCAAGUUCCGGCGCAUCCUCAACACGGACACCAUCUGGAGGAGGCGCUGCCGGGAGGAGUAUGGUGUAUGUGAAAACUUACGAAAGCUGGAGAUUACUGGUGUGUCCUGUCGAGAUGUCUAUGCCAAACGUAUAAAUCCACGCGUGAAGUCAGGACGUUUUAUGAGAAUUCUUCCCGAUUACGAGCACAUGGGAUACAGAGAUGUUUACACCUGCCUGCUUCACCGAUAUAGACAUAUUUUGGGAUUGUGGCAGCCAGACAUUGGGCCAUAUGGAGGGCUGUUGAAUGUUGUGGUAGAUGGUUUAUUUAUCAUUGGUUGGAUGUAUCUGCCUCCCCAUGACCCCCAUGUUGAUGACCCCAUGAGAUUUAAACCUCUAUUUAGGAUUCAUUUAAUGGAAAGAAAGUCUGCAACUGUUGAGUGUAUGUAUGGUCACAAAGGGCCUCAUAAUGGUCAUAUUCAGAUUGUAAAGAAGGAUGAGUUUUCUACCAAGUGCAACCAGACAGACCACCAUAGGAUGUCUGGUGGGAGACAAGAGGAAUUCCGAACGUGGCUGAGAGAAGAAUGGGGACGGACCUUGGAAGACAUUUUCCAUGAACACAUGCAAGAGCUUAUCUUGAUGAAGUUCAUUUAUACCAGUCAAUAUGACAAUUGUCUGACGUACAGGCGGAUCUACCUCCCUCCUAGAAGACCUGAUGAUCUCAUCAAGCCGGGCCUCUUCAAGGGAACUUAUGGGAGUCACGGCUUGGAGAUUGUCAUGCUGAGCUUCCAUGGGAAGUGUGCCAAAGGAACGAAGAUAACGGGAGAUCCCAAUAUUCCUGCUGGCCAGCAAACUGUGGAAAUUGACCUCAUGCACCGAAUCCAGCUGCCUGAUGUUGAGAACCUACGUAACUUUAAUGAGCUCUCUCGUAUAAUCCUGGAGGUACGAGAGCAAGUCCGUCAGGAGCAGCAGCAGCAGCAGGAAGGGCAGGAAGAAGGGCAGGGCCGUGCCCGCCCGAGUGCCAGAGAAUGUCCACCGGGCCCCGCUUAUCAGAAACCAGAGCAGCCUGUGCCCGCUCCCGCUCGGGGCGCAGAAGGAGGAGGUGGGACUGAGAAGAGUGUGGAGGCUGUGGGAGGUGUGCCACGAGCAGCCCCUGAGCCAGCUCCAUCUGAGGCUGGGCAGCCUUUUGUGUUACCUGCGGGCGUGAUCUCCAGAAACGAAGACUAUCCUCGAACAUGUCGGAUGUGUUUCUAUGGCACAGGCCUGAUAGCAGGCCAUGGCUUCACCAGUCCGGAGAGGACUCCAGGCAUCUUCAUCUUGUUUGACGAGGAUCGCUUUGGGUUCAUCUGGCUGGAACUGAAAUCCUUCAGCCUGUACAGCAGGAUCAAGGCCACUUUCCAGAAUGCCGAGCCCCCUUCCCCAGAGGCUUUUGAUGAGAUGCUCAAGAACAUUCAGUCGUUGACAACUUGAUGGUCUCCUCCUCCUCAAAGAGAGAGGCUUGCUGGAAGGGAAUGUCUCAGCUCCUUUGGCUUCUGGGGGGAUGAGAUAAGACUUGCAGACAUUGGUGUCUAUGACUCGAAGCAGCAUGCACUUUUGAAAUAAGGCCUUUUUACCAAAAUGCACACUUUAUUGUCAAAGAAGUGUACACUCACGCACCCUUCCUUGAAGUCCUUUCUGUGUAGUGUGUAAUAUAGACCUGUAUAUUUGCCAGUAAUCUUUGGAGAAGAACAUUGAGCAUGUUGCCACUUAAACAUACAGUACAAAGCUAAAUCAGAACAAGACUGAGAGGAGCUGUUAGAUUGAGGGGGGGUGAGCCUGGCUUUGGCUUCUGGCAGCUUUCCAGGGAAAACAGGGAAGUUUGCACUGUCAUGUCAGAAAUCUCUUUGACGUACACGGUGAUGAGUCUUGUUGUAGUCGGUAGAGAAUGGAUCAGAAAACGGAUGCCCUGAUGGCCGUUCUGCCUUGGAACAAACAACAAAGCUGAUGACUGGUAGAGCUGAGGGGAUGGAGCAGGCUGUCUGGAGCUGGAUUUCUUUGGAAGACAAGAAUAUGAAUUAUUCAGCUUGGGUGUGUCCAUUUCUAGUAAGUAGAACCUAUCAGGAGGCAGUAAAGUCCAGUGGCCAGAAUGCCAGCUUUGGAGUUUGGAAGCCUGGGCUUCCUUCCCUGUUCUUCUGCUGCCUCAUUUAGACUUUGGACAAAGCACUUAACCUCCAGCCUGAGCGUCUCCAUUUGUAAAACGAAGCUGAUGAUACUUGCCGCUUGAAUGUCAGAGUGCUCUGAGAUUCUUGGAGGAGCAACCACGUACCAGUACAAAGUAGAGUUAGAAGAAGAAAUAGAGUCUGCUCCCCCUCUUCCUGUUCCCCACAAAGCUCGCCUCGUGUUCUGUAUCAUCCGUGCCCUAGUUCAGACGACCAUCUUCACAGUUCACUUCCAUGUCGCUAUCUGUGAAGAGCUAACAUUACAUUCAUUUUUGUGUAUGCCAUGCUUUAUACCCCUGUGUUUUGAUACUAGCUAGGUAUGAGACUUUAGGCCGGAUAAUUCUCUGAGUACAAGGUGUAAGGGAUGUACCUAGGGAUUUGCAUCUUAAGACAACCACUGUCACAAUCACUUAAAAUUGUAACCUAUUUAGAUUGGUGCUAGUUUCCACUAAAGUUGUUUAGCAAUCAAAAUGCAUCCUCCUCAAAGGCCUUUUGUUUGUAUAAGAAUUAAGUCUUAAGGUUUGAGAAACCUUGCCCCAAGACAUACUGAAUACUUUAUGAAUUACCUGCCGUGAGUACUGUUUCUCACCUGAGCAUUCUUCACCAUCAUGGACAUUUGGUUGUGGAUGGCAUAUCUCAUGAUAGAGUAAAUAUUUGUCCAUUUUCAGGAUCCUAUUUUAAUAUUGCCAUUAUUUUUACUGUUUUAUUAAGAACCAUGACUAAAUCCCAGGGUUUACCUUUGCUUUCUAGAAUGAUCUUCAGCCUUUUAUUUUGCCUUGAGAUAGCCAAGCGGGGCUUUUUCCUGCGUUGAUAAGACUCUUGCAGAGAGUGCUCAUUUUUUCCCUUCUUUUCUGUGUGUGGCACAGGUGGUUGUUACCAGUCCUCUCGGAUCCUUUUGGCCAGUUUCUUCCAUUUGGCGGUUGGCCUUGGUGGAAGGGGUGGUGGUUUGCCGGUGUCCUUGCUGAGGAGGGACUAGACCCUUGCCUUAGAUUUCCCAUGAAACACCUCCAUGUUUCCGUUCAUGUGGUGACGGCUCCUGACUGGCGUUUUUCAAUCUGAAACAAAACUGUCCCAGAUUUAGUGUCCUGGGCACCACCCUGAAUCAGCUCAUCCUUUAUUUGUCUUAGAUUCUCAUAAAACUCUGAGAGUCGUGUACUGAAAAGCUAUUUUGAAGAGCCCUUCUUUGCUCCCGGAGAGAGCACUGGUGGUCACUUGAUAGAGGACGUGCUGAGGUGCCUAAGAACUAAGAGCCACUGGUUACUUUGCCCCCAGGAGUUUAGAAGCCUGUUUCUCUAAUCACAGAAUCCGAAAGGACUUUUCUGCCCAGGAUUCUUCUCCUAGUAAAGCAGAGAGGCAAAGCCUGAAGCAGAAAUGAAGUAUUUUGUACCAGAUAUGUUUGUUCUUUGCUUGACAAAACCGACUGUAAGAAAUGCCUUAACAUCUCUCUCACCCUGACGCUUUGGGCAGUGAUUCUGGAGAAAGUAAAAAGCUAAGGGUUGUUGAAGGCGCUAGUUGUGUGUACCUUUUGGGUUUCUUUCAGCCUUGUUUAAAUAAAUUCACUGAAAAAGGUAUAAGACACUUAUACCUCACCUAAUAGAUUGCUGACUCCCUCAGAGUCAUUACUGCAGUAUGCUGUCAGUACACCCUUGUCCCUUUUCUAUUCAGGGCGACAGCAUCAACACAAACCCUUUGUAAUGUACGUUCUGUUCUCUGCCUUUUUGGUUUGUGUCAAUAAGGGAGUCCCAUGAUCAUUGAUUAAAAUAGCUUAGUAACAGUCCAUCCUUGGACUGUGAGUCUCUGCUUUGGCUGAGGAAUAGCUUGUGUUGGGCCGUAGGGAAUGCUGUAGUCAUGGAGGGUAGGUGUGUGCUGCAGGAAGGCUCAGGUGGGCCACCACCUUCCAAGCUAGUACUUCUCCGUAGGGGCUGAUCUGCACUAACUGUUGAGGGGGCUUUGGUUUCUCAGAAGCUGUUCUUUUUUUUCAAAAGACAGUUGAGGUUAAGUGACUUGCCCAGGGUCACACAGCUAGUAAGUGUCAAGGGU